AUGCGGUUCGCAGCCGCCUUCUUCGAUGUAACAUUACAAGCGAUUCGACGCCCUCCUAAAUUCUCCCAACUUCUCGUCAUAUGUGCUAUCAGUGGUGGCGGCAUAAUAGCCUAUGCUGAUGCAAAGUCAGAUCAUAAUUUUGAUGCACCUGGAGCAACCAACAAGAAGAAGUUGGUUGUUCUUGGAACAGGUUGGGCUGGCACUAGUUUCUUGAGAAAUGUAGACACCUCCCAGUAUGACGUGAAAGUGGUGUCGCCGCGUAACUAUUUUCUGUUCACUCCUCUACUGCCAAGCGUCACUUGUGGAACUGUUGAACCACGUAGUAUCGCAGAGCCUAUUCGCAAUAUCAUGCGAAAGAAAGGUGAGCAGAUUCAAUUUUGGGAAGCUGAGUGUCACAAGAUCGAUCCAGUUAACAAGAAAAUUCUCUGCCGCUCCAAUAUUUGCACAAACUCGGAAGGGAAAGGGGAAUUUGCAGUAGAUUAUGAUUACUUGGUCGUUGCACUCGGAGCAAAGCCGAAUACCUUCAACACUCCUGGUGUAGUGGAGAACUGCCAUUUCCUAAAGGAAAUAGAGGAUACACAAAGAAUCAGGAGGAGUGUGAUGAAUUGCUUCGAGAGAGCAUGCCUUCCGGGCCUUAGUGAUGAAGAAAAAAGAAAUAACCUUCAUUUCGUUAUUGUUGGUGGAGGUCCAACUGGCGUUGAAUUUGCAGCAGAACUGCAUGAUUUUGUGAGUGAAGAUUUGGCCAACUUGUAUCCCACUGUUAAAGAUUUGGUGAAAAUUUCAGUAAUUGAGGCCGGGGUGCAUAUCUUGACAAUGUUUGACAAAAGGAUAACUGAAUUUGCUGAACAAAAGUUCCAAAGAGAUGGUAUUGAUGUGAAAACCAAUUUCCGGGUUAUCAAGGUAAAUGAUAAGACCAUCACUAUGAGUAGUGGGCUGACCGGAGAAAUUUCAGUCCCCUAUGGAAUGGUGGUUUGGUCUACUGGAAUUGGCACCCGCCCAGUAAUACUGGAUUUUAUGAAGCAAGUUGGGCAGGCUGAUAGACGGGUAUUAGCAACUGAUGAGUGGUUGAGAGUCCCAAAUUGUGAUGGUGUCUAUGCUCUUGGUGAUUGUGCAACAAUAAGUCAGAGAAAAGUCAUGGAAGACAUCGCAGCUAUUUUUAGAGUUGCAGACAAGGAUAAUUCUGGAACUCUAACUGUGAAAGGCAUCAAAGAUGUACUGGAGGAUAUCUGUGAGAGGUACCCUCAGGUGGAGCUUUACAUGAAGAGCCAGCAGUUGGAGAAUUUUGCUGAUCUAUUUAAGGAUGCGAGUGACGAUGCUCUCAAAGAAUCCAAAAAAUUGGACAUUGAAGUGUUUAAGAAAGCUCUUGCCAAUGUGGAUUCACAGGUUAAGAUGCUACCUGCUACAGCUCAGGUUGCUGCACAACAAGGCAACUAUCUUGCUAAAUGUUUUAACAAGAUGAAAAUCUGCGAGGAGCACCCUGAAGGUCCUCUUCGUAUAAGAGGGUCAGGUCGUCAUCGGUUCCAUCCAUUUGGGUAUCGGCAUUUGGGCCAAUUUGCUCCUUUGGGUGGAGAGCAAACGGCUGCACAGCUGCCUGGAGAUUGGGUUUCUAUUGGUCACAGCUCGCAGUGGCUUUGGUACUCUGUGUAUGCAAGUAAGCAAGUGAGUUGGCGCACGAGAUUCCUUGUGGUAUCUGAUUGGAUCAGGAGGUUCAUAUAUGGAAGAGAUUCAAGCUGCAUCUAA